CCAUACAGUUGCAUUUUGCGUGCCAUUUAAUAUUUAAUCCCGAGCGCCGGUAUUGGGGCUGACUCAAAACAGUGCCGUUUCUGAGACAAGAGGAAGGAGGGGGUACUGUAGCAUUCCCCGCCCUAUAAAACACAGGUCAUACACACUUAAAGCUGAAACAAAUCCGUCUCCUGACGUUCGAAUCGGAAAGUUUUCCUUUGUUGUAUUCUCCCCGAGAAGAGAUGGAGCGCUGGAAAGGCAGAGUGGCGCUUGUGACCGGCGCUUCGGUCGGGAUUGGAGCUGCGAUCGCUAGAGCGCUUGUCCAGCACGGUAUGAAGGUAGUCGGCUGUGCUAGGAGUGUGGACAAAAUAGAGAAGCUGGCGGCGGAGUGCCAGAGUGCUGGCUAUACCGGGACCCUGAUUCCCUACAAGUGUGACCUGUCCAACGAGGAGGAGAUCCUGUCCAUGUUCUCAGCCAUCAAGACCCUGCACCAGGGGGUGGACGUGUGCAUCAACAACGCCGGACUGGCCCGAGCAGAGCCCCUGCUGUCUGGCAAGACCGAGGGCUGGAGGAACAUGAUCGACGUGAAUGUCCUCGCCCUGUCCAUCUGCACCCGGGAGGCUUACCAAUCAAUGAAGGAGAGGAAUAUCGACGAUGGCCAUAUCAUUAACAUUAACAGCAUGAGUGGCCACAGGGUAGUUCCCCAAGAUGCUGUGCACUUCUACUGCGCCUCCAAGUUUGCUGUGACGGCACUGACAGAGGGAAUCCGCCAGGAGCUCCGAGAAGCCAAAACUCAUAUAAGAGCCACGUGUAUAUCCCCUGGACUGGUGGAAACAGAGUUUGCUUUUCGACUGCACAACAAUGACCCAGAGAAAGCUGCUGCUACAUACGAGAGCAUUAGGUGUUUAAAAGGAGAAGAUAUAGCCAGUGCCAUCACAUAUGUCCUUAGCGCACCGCCACAUGUGCAGAUUGGAGACAUUCAGUUGAGACCUACAGAGCAGGUGUCCUAGCAACAGAGGAGGAAGCAGCUGGAACGGCAGGAAGAGCCAGCAUUAUAGGUUACUCCCCAGCGACCUCUACUGGAUAAAACCUAUGAUCACGUUUGGGAGAUGCAAGCCCUUUCUCUGGGAGUCUUGGAAGGUGGCUCAUCGCCCCUCUGAUUUAAGAAAGGAAAGGACGUAACACUACAGUGUAAUUCUGAUAUGCUGCUGGAAUCGAACAUGUCAAAUUUGGUGUAUUUUCAGCCUUGUUUUAAUUUUUAAACAAAUUGUUUCGCUGCUGCUCCUGAGUGAUACACGGUUGCUAUGACAGCAACGAUUACAACCGUAAAGCACACAAGUGUGUGUGUGUGGUGUGUGUUUUUUGUUUUUUUAGUUUAUGAAAUAAUAUCUUAUAUGAAACUGAUUGUUCAUAAAACUUUGACAUAUAUUAGACCUUCUGUGUUGUUAGAUGUGGGUUAUUCCUUAAUGGUAUUGAUAAAAUCAAUGAAGGGGUUUAAUAAAUAUUCUUUUCCUUUUUGUUUAUGAUCAGCAUAGGUUACUUACAGUGUUGCUUUUUAAAACGUAAUGCCAAUUAAACACUAAUGGCUUCAGAGCCACAUUAACCCUCCGAGGGUUGCUGCUCAAACAUUACAUUUGUAUUGCCUUAUUGAAGGAGAUGUGAGCGAGAUGAAAGAUGAAGCUCAAUAUUUAAACAAAGGCACUCUGAAUAGAAGUGCUUGUAAAAUCUAAAACACUAAAAUUGAAUUUGCUGCUGUGUGCAGUAUGGGCUCUAGUCUUUUCAAAGAGUGAUACUGUGAGGCGAGUCAACUCCAGGAGAAAUUCCUCCCUAACUUUGGGAGCACAAAGGCUAAUGCAGCAAAGAUUUGGUGCGACCCGGAAUUUGAACGAGUGGGCACUCAAUCACAAGGCUCACCCUACACUCCAAGCGGUACUGCCUUUACAAGUGGAGACACUGGGACCCCGAAUAAUGCCAGUUUUAAGAGUCAAGGGCUUCAAAUACCAUUUCUCUUACUUUUCUAUGCUGUCAGCAAUCAUUCUGAGAGAUUUGGGGUCCUGUUACACCCGUAUUGUUAUCGUUAUUUUUUAAAAACGGCCUUUACCUGGCUUCGAACUAGAGAGCCCAGAGUGGUGGGAAUGAAUAGACGUCCUAAUUCCAGCUGCUCUUUGUCUAUAUAAAUGUAAAGUAGCUGGGACUGGCACAGUUGAAAGGUCACAUUGUCACAUGAUUAGAAUGGAACAAGGAAGCUUGUUCAGUCCUGGGAGUUAGGGUUCGCUAGACAAGCUCUAUGCUGCUCAAAGCCAGGUAAAGGCAGAUUUAGAGAGAACAUGUCAUCUCAAUAUUGGAGAAGCAGAACCCAGAUCCUCAGAAUGAUUGCAGACAACAUACAAUAGAAAACGAAAAGAAGUUAGAAAUUUGAUUCUACCGCUCUGGUUUAUACUCCUGUAAGAAAUCGGUAUGAAAGUGUAAAGUGUGCCCCAUAGUCUCAUGCAGCUCAUAAACUUGAAUAUUAAAGGAAGAGACGUUUAUUAAACCCCUGCCUUUUCUCCGUAGUAAAUAAUCAAUUUAAAAAUUUAUAAUAAUGGACUUGCAUUUUAAUUCAGUUUGGACAGUUAGCACAACACUAACAUCUCAUUUAGUCACUGUUUCUAACCCACAUAUGGGCAACUGUAUGAUUAAAAGUACUACUCUUUGUUUAAUUGUGGAUUGUAAUGAUGAUGAUAAUUAAUACAUUUUUUAAUUGCUGCUUUG